AUGGACCGAUGGUCCAAAAUACGAGAGGGGGAAGAUGGAGUUGUAGGAGUGUGUGGUGAUGAAGAAGUGGAAGCGGAAUUGAACAUGGAGGAACGAAAUGAGGUGGUGGAGGAGGACGAGGAGGUGGUGGAGGAGGUAGAGGAGGUGGUAGAGGAGGAAGAGGAGGUGGUAGUGGAAGAAGAGAAGGUGUUGGAGGGGGAAGAAAAGGGGGUGGAGGAAGCGGAUGUGGUGGAGGAGGAAGAGGAGGUAGUGGAGGAGGAAGAGGAUGGGGUGCCGAACCGGGUGGUAAGGGUAGAGGUAGCGGAGGAGGAUGAGGGGUUGGGGUUGGCAGUAGAGGGUGGGAGGGAGGAGGGACAAAUCGCGGAUGAUUUGAGGGUUUGCGAUUCGAGCAAGCCUACAAGUGUGGGGGUGCGGGUUGUAGAGGUGGAGUUAUUGGGAAGGGAGAGGGCCAGUGGUGCACGUUCACACAUUGACUCGACAUCUGUGCGUGAACCGUCCACCCCGACACGGGAGGGAUUGUGCACACCUUCUAUCUUCCCGUUCUCACUGGCAACCCCAUCAUCAGGGACGUUUUUGUUUAGUAGUUCAGAUGGCGAGGCGAGUUCUGCCUCUUGGGCUCGUAGACGAUGUCGCGCGAUGGACAGAGUGCGCUCGAGCAGGGUUCGGCGUCACUUACCUAUCGCCGGCUUUCUCAGCGUGUACUUUGAAAUCAACAUAUCCAUUGAUUCACCUGGCUUUUCCCUCUACAGUUAUCGGGACUACUCUCAUGACCUCGGGUCGUAA